AUGGCAAGCAUUACCGGCACGCUCGUGCCCGACUUCAACGCGCUCCGCCGCCGGGAGAACGACGCGUUCGGCGCCCCCAACCACUCCACUACCACUUCACCCCGGCUACGGGCGUAUGGUGUUCGACCGGAACUGCGCAAUGCCUCUGUCUCCAGUGCUGAGGAUAUUCGUAUCGCGGAGGUCUGCUGGAUGAUCUGGUCGUGUGAUUUUGCGCAGCUGGCGGUUUGUGGCUUUACUCCGUCGCUGGAUAAGUCGCUGCAGCGUUGUGCGCGCUGCAAGUUGAUUUCGUAUUGCUCGAGGGAUUGUCAGAGGGCCGACUGGAAGAUUCAUAAGAGGUACUGCGAGCCGCUAGAGCCGCUGGAGCUGCUGGCGUGCAUGCAUUAUGUCCUCGUUAUAUUUUACUUGUUAUCCUGGAUGCGCACGAUCUUUCAAUUCGGGAUCCUCUUCAGCCCGGGUUGGGUCAUCUUAUCAUGUCUCAUUUAG